UGUAAUUAUUUUAAAAUUAACAUAAAACAUACGCGCAAUACUAUCACAGUGAUAUACCUACUCGAAUAUAAUGUCGAGAAUUAUUUCAUACUUAAAUAAGGUAUAAAUAUAACAUGAUAAAUAUAUGCAUUUAAAGGCCCAUUCAUCUAAAAACGUGCUUUUAAAAAUGUAUUCUAAGUGUUAUUACUUUAUCGUAUUUGCUUUAUUGUUGCAUACAUGUUCAUCUAAUUGUCAGAAUGAAUUUAAUGUAAAAGAUUGCUUGUUGCCUCAUACAGAACCAGGAGUCGCCUGCAAAGCCUAUAUUAUUAGAUAUCACUGGAAUCAGACUAUGGGGAAAUGUGAAAAAGUGACCUAUGGAGGCUGUAGGGCUACAAGAAACAAUUUUUUCACUAUGGAAGAUUGUCAGAAGAUAGCUCAACCAUUGUGCCAGAAUAAAACAGAAACGAGUUCUGCAGGAGGCGUCGAAUAAAAAAAUCAAAGUAUACAAAUAUAAGGAAUGUAUAAUUAUUUUCAUAAGUUUUAAAAUUGUACUAGAAUAGAAAUUGUAUUCAUAAAUACAUACAUUCAAUGAUUUUCAAUACAUUUACAAAAAUAAACCAGUAAACAAAAAUUAACAAUCAUAAGCUAGCUCUAUUUAAACAUUAUUUUUCCGUUUUUUCCUUAUAACUUAUUACUCCUUUCGCAAUUAAAUCUGGAAUCUCUACAGCUAACCAUGGGCCCAG